AUGAACUGCAUCAGGAGCGACCAUGCCCAGGCCCAGGCAAGCAAACGGGUCAAGGAAAUCCUACGGACCUUUUGCAUCAACGACCGAACCUCUGAACCAUACAGAGGGAAUCAGAACAAUGCAGAACACGGAUGGAAAGAUACCAAGACCAAGACGCAGCUGAUACUUGACACCAAGAAUGCACCAUCUAAGAGUUGGCUGACUGCUGGCCAGUACGUGGCCACCCUGCAGAAUCAUAUGGCAUAUGAGAUCCUUGGCUGGAGAACUCCCUUUGAGUGGCUGCAUGGGUACACGCCUGACAUAUCUCCACUCCUUCAAUUUGAGUUUUAUGAACCAGUCUACUACCAGAAAUAUGACGCAAAGUUCCCACAGGACUCAACAGAGUGUGUGGGGAGGUUCAUUGGCGUCUCAGAGUAUGUCGGCCAUGGCAUGACGUACAAGAUUCUCACUGAGGACGAAAAGAUCAUCCAUCGGGCUGUCGCUAGUACAGCAAGACUAGGCAACUAA